GGAAGGGCUUGCCCUCACAUGUGAUUAGUGGGUGUGUGUUGUCUUUUACCCUCAUUCAAUACGACGUUGUUAAUGUUCUAAGAUGGCGACGGUGCAUCUGAGAAUCGGAGACCUGGUGUGGGGGAAGCUCGGUCGUUACCCACCAUGGCCAGGAAAGGUAGUAAGCCCCCCAAAGGAUCUGAAAAAGCCACGGGGGAAAAAAUGCCAUUUUGUGAAAUUCUUUGGAACUGAAGACCAUGCCUGGAUCAAAGUAGAACAACUGAAGCCCUAUCACCCCCACAAAGAUGAAAUGAUCAAGAUAAAUAAAGGAAAGCGUUUUCAGCAGGCAGUCGAUGCUGUGGAAGACUUUCUGAAGAAAGCAAAGGGCAAAGAUCAGAACUCAGACAGCAAAGGAGAAUCGAAAGGAAAGAAAACACCCAACAAGCCACUGAAAAUUCUUGAGGAGGAGGACGAGGAUCUCAGUGCCCUAAAGGACCCAUCUGAGAAGGACUUAACUGACUCUGAUCAGGAGCCAUCCACUAUUGAGAGGCUUGGGGGUGGACCCUGCUCAGGACUCAAAUGGGAAAGCAGUCCUGUGAAGGAUGACCCACAUUUCCAUCACUUUCUACUCAGUCAGUCUGAGAAGCCAGCAUCAUCAAUGGAACCCAUUAGCAAGCGCCUGAAGAUCAUUGAAGAGGACACAGGAUCAACAUCUAUCCAAGCAGCAGACAGCACAGCCAUCAAUGGCAGCAUCACACCAACAGACAAGAGGAUAGGGUUCCUGGGUCUCGGACUGAUGGGCAGUGGUAUUGUUUCCAACCUUUUGAAAAUGGGUCAUGUCGUCACCGUGUGGAACCGCACAGCAGAAAAGUGUGACUUGUUCAUCCAGGAGGGGGCAAGGUUGGGCCGAACUCCAGCAGAGGUUGUUUCCAUGUGUGACAUCACUUUCUCUUGUGUCUCAGACCCAAAGGCAGCAAGGGAUUUGGUGAUGGGACCCAGUGGAGUGCUGCAGGGAAUCAGGCCGGGCAAGUGCUACAUAGAGAUGUCCACUGUAGACCCAGAGACCAUCACAGAACUGUCACAGGUGAUCACAUCGCGAGGUGGACGUUUCCUGGAGGCUCCAGUCGCAGGAAGCCAGCAACUCUCCAAUGAUGGGAUGCUUGUCAUCCUGGCAGCUGGUGACAGAACAGUCUACGAGGACUGCAGCAGCUGUUUCCAGGCAAUGGGCAAGACCUCCUUCUUCCUGGGUGAAGCAGGGAAUGCAGCAAGGAUGAUGCUGAUCCUCAACAUGGUGCAGGGCAGCUUCAUGGCCACUAUUGCAGAGGGUCUGACUCUGGCCCAGGCCACUGGCCAAUCACAGCAGACCUUCUUAGAUAUCCUGUGCCAGGGCCAGAUGGCAAGUACUUUUGUGGACCAGAAAUGCCAAAAUAUUUUACAGGGCAACUUUAAGCCAGACUACUAUUUGAAACAUAUUCAGAAGGACCUGAGGCUUGCAAUUUCCAUGGGUGACAUGGCCAACCAUCCAACCCCAAUGGCUGCAGCUGCCAAUGAGGUUUACAAGAGAGCUAAGGCACUGGACCAGUCAGACAAUGAUAUUUCAGCAGUCUACAGAGCCUACAUUCACUAGAGCAAGCUGUGAUUUCUCAUCUGGACCACGCAGUCUUUUAUCCCUUGCUAUUUCUCCCUUUUCAUGUUUUGAGUUUUUAAUUUUAAAUUCUCCUAAUUUUUUUUUUACCAAAGCGCCAUCUAUGUUUCCUGCCUACAAAUCAUAAGAUAGUAAUUCCUUUGUUAAUGGCAACCAUGAGCAUUGCACUGACUGUACUGAAGGUAAAUAGGCUGUAAAAGUGCUCUAAAGAGGUUGUGCCACUGCAUUAAUGCAGUUUUCUGUAGGUGAGGCUUGUAUGGUUUCUGACAACUGAAAAUUUCUAGUAGCAAUUCAGGGUGUUAAGCAAGGAUCUUGGGCCUUGUGCCACUGUGAAGAGUAGGAUGUCUGACUCAUUGCUGUCAGGUUAAGUGGAUGCAUAAACCCUUCUGAUUUUUUUUUUUGCAAAUGAAAAAAUGUAUUUAAUUGAGUGUAAUCUUUGCUUUCUUUUAAUGUCCAGAAUUAUAUGAAAGAAGAACACCAAGAACCUGCCACUGCAUUGCCUUAAUAUUGUAACCCCUUGAGUCUUUCGACAAUAGAUGUAUUUAUUUAUAUUUCUUUCUAGGUCUAUUUGGCGGCGUUUGGCAUGGCUUGUUUCUGUAUUUGAUGGAAGGAUGUUGCUUUUAUGUUGGUGUUAAUUAUCUUUCUCAAAUGGGUUAAGAAAAGAACAACAGUUGUGUUGUGGCCUUAAAAUGCAGUAACAUUUGGUAUUUUUCUUCAAGACUUAAGAUUAUUUCAUUUGAAACCCUUGAUUCUUGUGUUUAGAAGAGUUCUCAUUUUUACAUUUUAAAAUAUUUUUCUGACUUCUCACCUGAAUCCACUUUGAGUUUUAUUUUAUCUGGAGGUCAUAAUCAAGCACAAACAUCCGUUGGCUUUUUUUCUGGUAGUCACGAAUUCAGAGUAUGGCUGAGUUUUGUAAGGGACUUUAUAGACCAUAAUACAAGUGUAGGAAUACAACCGAAACCUAUAAAACAGUUUUAAAAGAGUUGGUGGUGGUGGGGGGGAAGUGUUUUGAUUUCAAGACUGAAACCUAUAGCUGUAGAAUAAGUACAUUUGAUUUAGUCUGAUUGUCAUUAUUGACUAACUGAACUGUAAUAUCAGCCACAACUCUAUAUGCACGCAACUCACUCACUCACUAAGAUGAACUGUUUGUGACAUUUCCAUAGCUACCUAUCAAAAUGCCACAACUACACGUUAAUAUGGAAUCUUUUCUUGAACAGAAAUGUCCCCACAAAACUUUGACUAUCAGAGCACUAACCAGUUUAGUUAAUGCUUAAUGUUCCACUAACUACAUAUCUUUUUUCACACUGCUAAUGCUAAGAGGUGUGAUCAAAUAUAAGCAUUUCACUGCAGUGCUCAUAGCUUUGAAAUAUUAUGUGCAAUACUGAAGUGGCUCUGGUGGGUAAAAGAUAUCUCAUGAUUGCAAUGUAAUCUGUAAAGAAUGGAAAAACGUCCAUUUUCUAAUUUAGUAACCACAAUCUGAAACAAUUUUAUGAAAGUUUCUACCAAUGUUGCAUCUUUUAAGAAGAAAAAAAUGAAUGGUCUGGGCAGUUUUUGUAUGGAUUAAAUUAAGACCCCAAUGUAAAUCUUAAUAGUUGAAAAUGCUUCCAACAUAAAAAGUAUGCAGUAGAAAAAGACAAUUUCAAAAAUGCUUGCAAAACAUGGCACUAAUUUAAACACUCAACUAAGUUGCUAACUACCUUGGAGAAAUAUUAAAGAGGAAAGCACAAAGCAAACAAAGACGCUUCAAUCUGCUGGUUUUCUGUAAUUCAACCACUAAAACUGCCCUUAAAACCCAGGGGGCAAAAUUAAGGACUAACAGGAUGUGUCCGCAUACUUGCAGAAUAAGACUUGCGUUACUGUCGGUUGCAGCUCCUUUUCAAUAUAUAUAAUACAAGAGAUGAUUUUCUUUUGAAAUACACCAACAGCUCCACAGGGGCAAGAAAGAUGUGGGUUUUGAUGUAGGGCUUCUAUCCAUCCCAGGUACCGACAGGAAAAGACUACAGAAUUGGGGGAAUCAAUAUAACAAAUAUUAUAAAUUUUUUAGGGAAAAUAUAAUUUAAAUGCCUAAAAAGAGCAAGAACAUCAAAAAACGGCCCAAUUUUCACCACCUUGGAUAUUGACUGAGCGACUAGCAUAAACAAGUUGUAGCAACAAGGCCUGAUGUCCUUUCCAUAGAGCUCAUAUAGUGCUGAUUAAGAUUGAAAAGACAGGGUUAACCAUCAUUAAGUUCCAGUUAUUUUGUUAGAAGUUUACAGUGUAAAUGAAUAAGUUCUUAUCAAACUGAAUAAUUUAAUUGCAUGUUAAUCCAUUAUGCCAUGUUGUAAGGUUUUAUUUUUGCCAAACAAAUUGUGUUUAGCUUUAAAUUAGAUUAACCUUACACACUCUAGUGUAAAGAACUGUUUAUAGAUGACAGAUGUAAAUAGUACAUUAGGUCGUGUAGGGUUUAUUUUAUAUCAACAAACACCUGGAUUAAUGAAAGAGGCAAAUUUGGAUUUUGAAAGAGUGACUAAUAUCCUUGUGUCUUAAUACUGUAGGUUCAGUUCAAGUGUAAAUGGUUAAUUAAUAUGUCACUUAUAUAACCUGGUUUAUUAUCACUUUGAAAUUUCAAUGAGUUGGAUUCUGUCAGUUGAAGGAAGACGGAUCUUGUUUUGGGGGAUAUUUAUGAUUUUGUGUACAUGUGAAAAUAUCUAAACUUUUGUGCUGUUAAAUAAAUUCUCUCCUGAUUACUGA